GCGAGCGCACGUGACAUGCACUUCACGGGUGAUUUCGACUGUGCGGGAGGUGUGCGGUUGUGGUGUCCAUUCAAACUUUUCUGCGUGACGCAGGUUCUAUCUUCGCCAUCACUGAUGAAUAAUUUUCGAUUUGGAUGGGUUCUCCUGCUGCCAUUUCUGUUUGUGAGCAUCAGCUGCGAUGGGUGUGUUAUGCGAGGACAGUGCGGUACUGAUCCGCUAACUCAGAAGACAAUACCGUGCAUCUACAAUGGACCCCCCAAGCCAGUCAAUUCCACAUCUCUUGCUAUGCUUCGCGAUGUGUGCCCAGAUCUGUUAAGUGCAGGUAAGAAUGCCUUCUGCUGUGACGAUACAUCAGUGGCGGAACUGGUCACAAAUCUGAACGUGUUGGGAGCCUUGCUCAAGCCUUGCCCAUCGUGCUUCUUGAACAUGGCUCGAGUCUUCUGCCACAUGACCUGCUCCCGUCAGCAGAGCGACUUCCUUGAUGUAACAUCAAACAUCUCCUCCUCCUCUCCACCAGUCACCAAUGCCACAUAUUACAUUACGGACACAUAUGCCACGAACAGUUUUCAGUCCUGCAGAGACGUGCAGCUCAGUGGCGUUCCAGUGCUGAGAAUCCUAUGUGGGGAGUAUGCGGAUAACUGCACGCCGUACACACUACUUAAGGCGUUGGGAAGUCACGACACAAUUCACUCUCCAUUCCUGAUAGACUUUUUCAUCUCAGAUGCAUCCGUUGUUAGAAAAGGCCAUGAGUACAUCCCUAUGAAUGCCCCAUACACACACUGUUGGGAGCCUGCAGUUGCCGGAGGAUUUCCAUGUGGAUGUUCUACUUGCCACUACACGUGUGGUUCACCGAAGAACUACCCCUUGCCAACAGCUCCGUGGACCUUACUGGGCAUUGAUGGCUUCUACAUCGUCAUGUCUGCCACCUACGCGCUUUUCUUUUUGAUUGUUGUGAUUGCUGUAUUGGCACGCUAUUUGAUGCUGCGUCGUCGCAAAUCUCAACAGGACUUCGAUCCUAUGCUGUCAGAUGACUCUCUUUUGGACCUGGACGACGCGGAAGCAAAAAGUGGCCAGCUGCAACGUGGGAUCAUUCUAGGCUUUACUUGGUGGGGUCGCAAGUGUGCUCGGUGUCCCUAUACUGUCCUCCUAGUGUCCAUAUUAGUGGUUGUUGCCCUCUCCUGCGGCUUGUUCUUUUUCACCGUACGCACCGACCCCGUGGAGCUGUGGUCUGCCCCCGGAAGCCGUGCCAGGCAGGAACGUGACCAAUUCAACGAUUAUUUUGGGCCAUUCUACAGAGUGGAGCAGGUUGUAAUAACUAACACCGGAGGCGAACCAUUUAAUUACACUUUGAAGGAGAACAACGAAACUGUGGCGUUUGGAGGUGUCCUGAACAGAGCUUUUUUGCAUGAGGUUGCGAAUCUUCAGGAGCGCCUGCUCGACCUGAGGGCAGAUUAUGAAGGCAGGACAAUCACCCUCCAAGAUAUCUGCUUUUCUCCGCUGAGCAAUGGUGUCUGCAUGGUACAGUCUCCACUAAACUGGUUUCUCAACAAUGCCUCUUAUCUGGACCUGAAUGUUAGUGGAUACACUUACCUGGACCAUAUAUACUACUGUUUCCACGAUGAACUGUCCCCAAGUGAUGGCCAUUUCAAUAAAAUACCGUGCUUGGGAAGCUACGGUGGGCCCAACUAUCCGUACGUAGCCCUGGGAGGGUUCAGCAAUGACAGCUACAAGGAUGCAACUGCUUUGGUCAUCACCAUCCUGGCCAACAAUCACGUUGACCCGAGUCUUCUCGGCCCUGCUAUUGCCUGGGAAAGGAAAUUCAUUGACACUUUGAAGAACUAUUCACAUCCGAAUGUUUCUAUUUCUUUCCUUUCCGAGAACUCCAUUAAAGAUGAGCUCGAUCGUGAAAGUCGGUCGGAUGUGUACACGGUCUUGGCAAGCUACAUGAUCAUGUUCCUUUACGUGUCUCUGGCCUUAGGACAGUUUCACUCCUGGAAAUCUAUCUUUGUAAGCUCCAGGAUCACCCUUGGUCUUGGUGGGGUGGUGAUAGUGCUUGCAUCGGUGGUUGCCUCACUCGGCAUCUUCAGCUAUUUCGGUUCACCUGCCACACUCAUCAUCAUCGAAGUGAUUCCAUUCCUUGUCCUGGCUGUUGGUGUAGACAACAUCUUCAUUCUGGUUCAGGGAUAUCAGAGAGAACCUGUAACUGAGGAUGAAACCAUUGAAGAUAGAGUGGCCAGAGUUGUGGGGAAGUUUGGCCCUUCUGUGCUCUUGGCUAGCAUAUCAGAGGCCACUUGCUUUCUGUUGGGUGGGUUGACUACUAUGCCAGCAGUGAGGACCUUUGCUCUCUAUGCUGGGGUGGCACUGUUGAUUGACUUCUUGCUCCAGAUCACGUGCUUUGUUGCUCUGCUCACACUUGAUGCUAAGCGUCAAGAGGCUGGCAGGUUAGAUGUUUGCUGCUGGGUUAAGACUAAAUCUGGCAAGCUCGAAGAAACAUCUUCGGGUCUUCUCUACUCCCUGUUUGAAAAUCACUAUGCUCCUGCGCUGAUGAAGCGGCCUGUUCGUCUUGCUGUCAUGCUCUUAUUUGUUGGGUGGCUCUGCUUGUCUGGAGCUGUGCUGAGCAAAAUUGAAGUGGGCCUCGAACAAGAAAUUUCCAUGCCUUUGGACUCCUAUCUUCAGGAUUACUUUAGAGCUGAAAAGUCUCUGUUGGAUGUUGGACCCCCGCUCUACUUUGUGGUGAAACCUGGUUACAACUACUCGAGUUACAGUGAACAGAAUUUAAUCUGUGGAGCUCCCGGCAGCAACUCAUAUUCCCUCACAGCCCAGGUAGAACAGGCAGUCAUCUACGAGCAGAUAACAACCAUAUCCCAGCCAGCAUUAUCUUGGCUUGAUGACUACUUCACUUGGGCCAGAACAGACACUUGUUGCAAGAUGAACGCAACUACUGGAGAAUUUUGUCCACCAUCCUCCAAAGGUUCGGAGCACUGUGUUGCGUGCCUGGCAAAUGAAACUGUGCACAAUGACAGACCCACGGGAGAGACUUUUCACAAAUUCCUUUCUAAUUUCCUGGCUGACGUUCCCAGUGCUGUCUGUCCCAAAGGAGGCCAUGCAGCGUAUGCUAAUGCUGUGCAACUAUACAACAACAUCACUGGGACUGUAGGAGCAACCCAGUUUAUGACCUACCACGGCAGCCUGAAGAAUUCUCAAAAUUUCACGGAGGCACUACGAAUGGCUCGGUUUGUCGCAGACAACAUUACACGUACGAUUAGGUUGUCGUUCCCUUCUAGCAAUGCAACCGUGUUUCCAUACAGCGUGUUCCAUGUGUUCUACGAGCAAUACCUGGACAUGGUGCACCAGUCUGCAGUUCACCUCCUCAUCUCUGUCUGUGGCGUUUUCACCAUCACUCUGCUCCUCUUGGACUUGAACCUACAUGCUGCAUUUGUGGUCUGCGCUACCAUUAUUAUGAUCCUGGUGGAUCUCAUGGGCAUCAUGUACUUCUGGAACAUCUCACUGAAUGCAGUUUCCCUCGUCAACUUGGUCAUGGCAACUGGAAUUUCAGUCGAAUUUUGCUCACAUGUGACACGAGCGUAUCUCAUCAGUGCCCAGCCAACCAAAGUGCUGCGCUCCCGUGAAGCCUUAUCAAAGAUGGGUAGCUCUGUUCUGUCAGGCAUAACGCUGACGAAGUUCGGUGGUGUAGUAGUCCUAGCAUUCUCCAAGUCACAGCUGUUCACCAUCUUCUACUUCCGGAUGUACCUGUCCAUAGUUCUUAUAGGAGCUGCGCACGGAUUAAUCUUUCUACCAGUACUGCUAAGUUACAUAGGUCCCCGCCAAGCAAGGACAAGAAAAGAGGACACCAGUUCAUCAGAGUAACACUAGUUGCACGCUUCACAAUCUCAAAAGCCUCCUUUGCAAUUUUUCAUUGUUGUGCUUCGGAAGGCUCAUUUCCUUCAGCUUGAGUUUGGGCUACGGGUAUUGCAGAGGGCUACAGGGUAGCUGAUUUUGAAGCCCCGAAGCACAGAUCGUAAACUGAUGCUGCAGACCAUGUGCCUGUUGCCCAUCUUGCCCAUACCAUGUUGCAGUUCUUUUUCUCCUUUUUUAUCUUUCUAUUUUCCUAUCAGGAGUGUCAUAUCAGAUAUAUACACAUAUGUGCAGAUUGUUUCCUUCUUUGGUAGAAGGCCACUCUAUUACAGACUACUUAAAGGUUUCCAUUCUCAAAGCUGCUUUCCCGUCAGAGUUCACGUGCCCUGCAAGACUUGUCUGUAAAGGGCUCUUGUGAUUUGCAACUCUUGCCGUGUAAGGAACAAACUGACAGUAAAAGAUAAUGUGAAUUGUAGCAAUAAAGAAACAUUGGUGGUAGACAUGAAGCAAGCAGUUUAGAGCACGAAAGACAAGAAAAUGAAUGGUCAGUUUUUCAAAGUGUGGUCCCCCCCCUCAGAAUGGUAUGUCAGCCGUUGUGAAUCCUGAGGGGGGAAAGCUGUGUUGAUCUCUUUUCUUACAUAAUGUUCUCCAGGAUUGCUGCUCGUUUCAUGGUUGUUGCCACAAAGGUACAGCUGCGGAAGUAUAGUCCUGGGGAACACCCCUUAGUGUGUGUAGUGCUAUUGUGAGCUUUAUGAAAGGGAGCACGCAGAUAACCUCCUCUGCCACUUGUGGCGGCGCUCGGUGGCGAAAUAUGAAGGUAAAGUCUAGUGCUAGCUCCCCCGCUCUAUCAGUCUGUGACACCAGGCCGUAACAGUGUCCCUCGGGAAUAUCAGCUGUCAAUGGAGUGCAGCAGGACCGACGACAACACAAGAUACGGCGGUGCCCUUUCCACUUCCAUGCAGAAUGAGCCACAAGGUGUGACACUUCCUUCCAUUUUAUAAAGCUCUCAAUAGUCUACAGUUGUAAAUUUUGUAUGAUUUCAAUUCCUUUUUAGUGUGCUGCCUGCACCCACUCUAUCAGUUUGAAUGGCAGGAGUGAUGUGCCAUACUUGAUCAUUGUGUAGAUAACAUAAGAUUUCCUAGGUGGACUAGCACUCAAGAAUGUGACACACAUAAUAUGAUGCACAGCUAUGUCUAUGUUGGUCUAUAAUUUGCUAGAUUUUAUUUGCUGUCAUACAUUAAUAAGUUACUUGUGAUUAAAUGGACACACAUGCGUCAACAGAUUGAGCGCAAAAUAAAGGUUUAUAUUGCGUCUACCA